GGCUCCCUCCCUCUUCUUAGAAAUGGUGGAGUCCAUGAAGAAAGUGGCAGGGAUGGACGUGGAGCUGACGGUGGAGGAGCGGAACCUCCUCUCAGUGGCCUACAAGAACGUGAUCGGGGCCCGGAGGGCCUCCUGGAGGAUCAUCAGUAGCAUCGAGCAGAAGGAGGAGAACAAAGGCGGGGAGGACAAGCUCAAAAUGAUCCGGGAGUAUCGGCAAAUGGUUGAGACUGAACUGAAGCUCAUCUGCUGCGACAUCCUGGACGUACUGGAUAAACACCUCAUUCCAGCCGCCAACACGGGCGAAUCCAAGGUUUUCUAUUAUAAAAUGAAAGGGGACUACCACCGGUAUCUGGCUGAAUUUGCCACCGGGAACGACCGGAAGGAAGCGGCCGAGAACAGCCUGGUGGCCUACAAAGCGGCCAGCGACAUCGCCAUGACGGAGCUCCCCCCGACGCACCCCAUCCGCCUCGGCCUCGCCCUCAACUUCUCCGUUUUCUACUACGAAAUCCUUAACUCUCCUGACCGUGCCUGCAGGUUGGCCAAAGCCGCGUUUGAUGACGCCAUUGCGGAGCUGGACACGCUGAGCGAAGAGAGCUACAAGGAUUCCACGCUGAUCAUGCAGUUGUUACGUGACAACCUGACACUAUGGACUUCAGACAUGCAGGGAGAUGAUUCUUAAAGAGGAACUCCACCUCUCCGUUUUCUAAAACCUCUACUUUGUGAAGAACAGAGUAAAGAAGCGCUGCAAGACGUGGAAGACGAGAACCAGUGAGACACCAUCAAGGCCAAUAAGAGACCCCCCUCUCUCUCUGUCCCCCCUCCCACCUCCCCUGCCCCCAUCCCAUAAUAAUAAUAAGCCCCUCAGUGUCCCUGGGAGCGCCAUCUUCCCUGACGUUCACGAUGGUCCCCCUCCCAAGAAUUUAGGUUCCUGUCCUGUUGGUUUUUUUACACAGUUCUAAACGUUCUUUGGGGGGAAAAAAAGGCAAGAGUGAAUGUCUGUGGGUUUUACUGGUGCCAGCUUUGAGUUUCCUUUAAGACACUACUAUAUACCGGAAGCUUUUUUAAGGGUUUUUUCCCCCCCUUUGCAUCUCUUUCUCGCUCUCUCCCUCCCUUUCCGUCUUGGUCUUCUGUCCGGAAGCCAUUAAAAAAAAGAGAUCUGUGGCGGCAUAUUUUUUAUUAUUAUUAUUAUUAUUGUUUGAUCGAUGUUUUAAAAAAAUUGGGGUGGUUGUUUAGCUUUGGGAGUUGACAGUUUUCCUUUGGGACAGUUUCCUUGUAGUGGUUUUUUUGCCGUACGAAACAAGAACGCUUGAAAGCUUGCCAUUAAGAGAAAAAAAUACGUAAACAAAGAGCUUCACGCUUGCUGUCAAAAGCGAGCUGGAGAGCAAACGCGCGGUCAAUGAGUUCACAGCUGCGCAGAGAUGAUGAUGAUGUUGUUGUUGCCGCUGGUCAACGGUUCCACAAAUCCGUGGCUCUUCAUUCUUGCCUUCCCUUAACGGACCCUCCUUUGAGCAGGUUGGCAUCAAUGGAGAGAGAGGCCUGCAUGUCUGCCCCAUAGUCUCCUCCUUUCCCUCCUUCCCUUCUUCUUUCCUCCUUUGCUAGCUCUCUCUCUCUUUCAUUCCGUUUUGUGUCACUUGAAGCUAAUUUGUACUACUGGAUUAUCUGACUGGAGCCGCCGCUGCCGCAGGGACAGGACCUGUGUCGUUCUUACUGAAACACAGCAUGGAAUUUAACAUUAAAACUUAAAUAAAAACGACCCUAAAUUAAACCCGAGAGAGACCCCGUAACUGCUGGUGGAACCCGAGGCCGCGGGGCUUUAUGCGGUGAGCCCCAUGGGUUUGAGGAAGGCCUCCUGUCACUUUAAAUAGGGGUGUAGAGCUCAAAGGAAGGUAAACAGAGGGUUUGCAGAAUGAGAGGGGGUUUGUAGUUUAGGGGUGGGCCUUUAAAAUGCUGAGCCCAGGAUUCUGCAGAAUGAUCAGCUCCUCUUUAAGCUCUAGUGUGAGAAGUCUAAUGUAGAGAAGCGUUUUCCAAUCACCCCCAGGAUUCUGAGAAACGUAGUUUAAGGAAGCCGGGGCCUCUGGCUGAAAAUCCCAAAGGCCUCUGCCCUACAUUUCCCAGAGUCCUACAAUAGGGAGAUGAGUUGCCUCUGGUUCAUAGCGCGAACAACAUGGCGUCGUGUGGCAUUGUCCCCUUUGGCUUUCUCUCUUUCAAAAACCCUGACCAGGCCUUCGGGGUCAACCCGGAAUGAGAUUUCACUGCUUCCUUUGCGCCUCGUUGCGUUCUGCCCCAAACACUUCCCCGUCUGAAUGGUGUCUCCUUCGUUUUUGGGGCGCUCCCUUUUGGACUGAGCAGCAAGCACGUCUUGGAUCAAUAAAAGUUCUGUGUAAAGA